AUGCCAUACCAGAUUUACGAUGAUCCAGAUAUUGAGGUUACUCCUGGUCGACAUGCUGACUUUAUCAGUCUUCAGCCGGGAGAACAGUGGACUCGAACGGAUAGUCUGGAACUUCCUUCUGACAUCGACAUAGGAGAAGUCUUUAAGUACGAAUUCAGCGAUCGAGUCAUUGACUGGUGGGACUGGGGUAUGAAGGAAGAUCAUUUGCAGACUACAGUGAAACUACCAUGCUGGGUCAAGGAUGAUGUCGUUGAACCUAGGGAUAAUGAGGGGCGACCAGCUAUCGUGGUACCAGCGAGCAAUGUUGUAGAGUUCACUAUAGUGGCAUUAAAUGUGAUCCUGAGACAGCCCUAUACUGGCAUCACACUAAUCCCAGGGAGAAGUGAAUAUACCGAGAAGGGACGCUGUAACCAUGAGUUCCGCCGUUUCGAACUGGCUCCGCAUUUUAUCGAACUAGAAUCUAAUUGUUCCAGCCUGCUACUCAUCCUUUCCAUCUUCUCCUUCCUGCCACAACUACGUCGCCUCCAUCAAAAUGGGGACUCGACUGGUGUUUCCCUCAUCUACUUGCUUUGCAAUGUGAUAAGCGCAACCGAACAGCUUACCAUCUCCUUCUCUUAUAUUUUCAUAGCACAGAGCUCUGACUUUUUCAUACACAACCCGCCUAAUGUGGGGGAUUGGCUGAAUUUGCUCCAGUUGGCCGUAACCUGGGGUUUAUCGUCUACACUGUUCUUCUUCGCUAUAUCCUACUACCCAGCUUGUGUCCGCCGCAAAGCCUUCAUCGUAGGAAUAUACAUCGCAUUCCUAUCUCUUUCUCUCCUUGCCGCCAUUCUUUGUGUCCUAGCAGACCCCUGCGGAGCGAACUGUGGAAGCCAACGCUGGGAUUAUGGAAUAUUUCUAGGUUCACACUUGAUCUUCGUCAAUCCCGUCGUGACUCUACUCGCUCUCGCAGCAUUACCAGCCCAACUUCAAGAACUUAAGUGGCACGGACAUGCAGCGUUAAGCCUUACCGGAUUAGCGAGCCAAGCCGUGAUAUUCGCGGUGCUGAGUUUGAGCUGGCUUUUUCGUGUGCGGGUUUAUUAUAAUCUGUCGGAUUUCUUUAGGACAUGGGGCUCUUUCAUUAGCUGGUACCAGCUUGUUGGCUGGGCGGCCGUUGAUCAUUUGGUUUUUGCGGUGGUGCAGGGAAUCUUAUUCUUGAUUGUGUUAAAAAGGAAGAGGACGGUGACAGCAGAAGGAGAGAAUGAACCCUUAUUGAGUCAUUAA